AAACCUUAUCUGUCAAAAAAUAUCAAAUAUUUGACCUCCGGGCAAACAGUGUACGGCCACCUUAAGAAUGUUCGAUUAUUUGGCUUUAUUCCCGGUUUUAUUUACUCAUUCAUGAAAUUCGUGAAAUUCUACAAAACAAAAUUGUGUUUUUUGCUUGCGGUUCCCCUUUUCAUUCUUGAACUAUUCGGCCAGCCUUAAAAUUACACGUUUUAAGAUAAUAGUGUGCAAAUUUUCGAGAAGUUGAUUUUGUAAACAAAGCUAACCGUUUGACGUUUCUCCAAUGCAAUGGUUACGAAAGAACUGUUUAAUAGAGGCUAUUCAAAACAUCGGAAGAAUUUUCUGAUUGUUUCUGCAAUUCAUAACAUCUUUUGAAACGAAAAUGUUUUACAUUGGUUCUUUAAUUAGAUCACUACCGCUCUCAUCCGCUGGUCCAUUCGCCCUCCGGUCGAUUCACACCGGAAGUGGUAACUACUUCCACUAUACCCCGGUGCUCUGCGCUGAGCCCUUGAAGAAGAAAAAGAAAAUAGACCCCCAGGUGCUGAAGCAGCGCGAGGAGCGUAAAAAGAAGCGUCUUGAGAAGCAAAUUCGACGACUGGAAAAGAAUGCUCGCCAGCUGAAACCGGUCGAGGAUCUUGACAUACCGAUCGAACUGAUCGACGAGAGGGAGCAACGCAAGCGCACCGGUAUCAGGGUGACUCCGGAAGUGCUCGAGAGCCGGGUACUGCUCGAGAAGCAGUGGGCAAAACACAAGCGACUGGAAAAGCUCGCGGAUUAUCAGCUGAUUGAUAAGGUGUUGGCGGCCCAGACAAAGGCCCUCAACGAGCUUCGGUUCGAGUCGGAGGAACUGUACCAGAAGGCUAUCGAGCCGGAUAUGGGGAUCGUGCCGCUUAAAGUGGAGGGUCCAGUUGCGACGCCACCGAUCGAUGGGUAUGAUAUGCCCGACGGAGAGUAUAUCGAUGUGUCCAAAAAGUGGGAAUAGUGUGCAUCGCUAGAAUCGAUACUAAAUGAAUGUUGUAAGUAGUA